GUGAGGCCGUUCAUUUAGCAAGAGACUUUGGUUAUGUUUGCGAGACGGAGUUCCCUGCAAAAGCAAUAGCUGAAUACUUGGGCAGGCCACACGUGGAGCGCAACGAGGUUAACUCUCGCAAGAACAUGCUCCUAGCUGCAAAGCAAAUCUGCAAGGAGUUCACCGAUCUGCUGACUCAGGACCGGUCGCCGUUGGGAAACGCGAGGCCUGCACCCAUUUUGGAGCCUGGAAUCCAGGGCUGCCUGACUCAUUUCAGCCUCAUCACGCACGGUUUUGGCUCGCCCGCCAUCUGCGCCGCAAUGACCUCGCUCCAGAACUACUUGAACGAGGCGCUCAAACAAGUGGACAAGAUGUACCUGAGCUCUGGCAGUGACACCCAGGGAUCCUCGGAGAGCGGGAGCAAGCCCGACAAAAUGGAAAAGCACAGGAAAUGAGAGCUCAGAGGGAGAAACCUUAUGAAUUUUAGAACCCCAGAAUCCCCUAAAUCCCGUUGCCCUCUCUGCCCUUUUUUUGAACUUUAAAACUGAUAUUUGGUAUUGUCAUUUUGAGAGAUUACUUUGUUUGUGGGUAUGUAUGCGUGCUCGCACUGUAUAUUUUUUCUAAGAAGUUGUGGACUUGCCUGAGGUGGCUGCAAAUCAUUAAGUUUUGGCGCUCGAUGGUAAAUACUGUGGACUGGUCUUAACAGGAGACUGCUGUGUGAAACUUUAACUCACCGUAUCAUUCUAUGCAGUUUUAUAAAGUUGCCUACGAGCUGGCGCGACAACCUUAGACCAUAAAACUUGUGCUUUGUGGAAAAGAAGAGGAAACAAAAAAAAGUGCAUUCUCAGUUUUUUUUAAGAGGACAUCAAUUCAAGAUGACUUGCUAUGGCUGUAAAUUCCUCUCAGCAUUCCCUCUUCUCCUCUGUCUGGAUGCAAAAUCCACUGAUUUCCUGUGUCUCAAUGGACCUGCAAAGGAAAUUUUUUUAAACGCGUGUUAAAGAAGAAAAUCCGCUUUGUUUUCCCUUUUUUUUUGUGUGUUUUUGUACAACCACUCCUGAAUGACUCCAGUGAUUGUGCUUUGUUUAUAGGAGAUGAUUUAAGAUUUAUGUUGGACGACUCACUCAGUACUCACCAGAGUUUUUAAAGUUGCUGCAAAAGAAGCCUCUUCAGUGUUCGUGUGGAUUACAGGCAUUGCUAUGAUUUUUUUUGUCACUCAUCUCAUAAACAUGGCAGCGAGAUUACCACGUUUUUUUUUUUUUUUUACAAUCAAGGUAUAUGCCAUUUGUAGUAUUUAAAAAUUCCAUUGACCUGUCCACAUGCUGAAUCCUGAUAAAGUGUAUGUGUGUUGUGAGAAUGUGUGUUUCAUUGUACAUACUGAGUUCUCUGAAAAUGUCUUCAAUUCAAAACUUCCAAACCUAGAAUUUUUAUCCAGUGUGUUUUCCUGGAAUGUAAAUAUAGUUUUUUUUAAUUUAUGUUGUAAUUUAAUUGACUUGUGUAAAUAAUAGUAUCAUUCUGGUGUUCUGGUGUGAGGUUUAACUUCUUUUGAGGAUGUGUGUUAAAACUUUUAUACAUAAAAAAGGAAAGAUUAGUUUUUUUUCAUCAAGUAGAAGUUAGGAAGUGGGCAUGAUUUUACUUUUUUUUUUGAGAAUAUGUUAAACCAUGUUUUAAAAUUCCAGGAAAAAAUACAAAUAAAAACGAGGGCCUCAAGGCUGAUCUAGUGUGUGAUGA